AUGAAAUCAUCCGUCUUGAGUUUAUUGACUAUUGCAGCAUCUGCUUUAGCUGCCCCAUUGCAACACCAACACCACCACCAUCAACAGGAAAAGAGAGCUGCUGUCACUAAGGUUGUUUAUGUUGACGGAAGUGGAAACACCGUUACUGGUCCAACUGCUUCAGCCUCAGCUUCAGCUUCAGCUCAAUCAACUGUCACUUCAUCAUCAUCUUCUCCCGAUGAGACCACCCAACAAGAUGAAACAUCUUCAUCUGUUUCCACUUCAUCAUCAUCUUCUUCUCCUUCAUCAUCAGAAGAUAACUCUUCAUCCGAAACUGGUUCAUCAUCAACUGGUAGUUCCUCAAUUGCUGGUGACUUGAAGGCUUUUGUUAACCCAACAGAAAAAUUCGAGGAUGGUGUCCAUUCAUGUGACUCCGUUGUUACUGGUCAAGGUGUUAUUGCCGUUGAUUGGUUGUCAGGAUUAAAUGGUGGUUGGACUACCAUCAUGAACCAAAAUGGUGACACUUCAUCCACCUGUAAGGACGGAUACUACUGUUCAUACGCUUGUCAAGCUGGUAUGUCAAAGACCCAAUGGCCAUCAGAACAACCAAGCAAUGGUAUCUCCGUUGGUGGAUUGUACUGUAAAAAUGGUAAAUUGUACAGAUCAAACCAAGAUGAAGACUACUUGUGUUCAUGGGGUUCCAACAAUGUACAAUUCGAUUCACAAAUUUCCAAGGAUGUUGCCAUCUGUAGAACCGAUUACCCAGGUUCUGAAAACAUGAAUAUCCCAACUUUGUUGUCUGGUGGUGGAUCUGCUCCUGUUGCUGUUGUUGACUCAGACAACUAUUACAAUUGGAAAGGUGGAAAGACCUCUACUCAAUACUAUGUCAACAAUGCUGGUGUCUCUGUUGAAGAUGGUUGUGUUUGGGGAUCAUCUGGAUCUGGUGUUGGUAACUGGGCCCCUGUUGUUCUCGGUGCUGGUACUACCAAUGGUAAGACUUACUUGUCAUUGAUUCCAAACCCAAACAAUACUGAGAAACCAAACUACAACAUCAAAAUCGAAGGUGACGACGUCAAUGGUGACUGUAAGUAUGAAAAUGGAAAAUACAAUGGUUCUGGAUCUGAUGGUUGUACUGUGACUGUCAACUCUGGUGAUGCCAAGUUUGUUUUCUAUUAA